AGCUCAACCAAUCCCCCGUUGAUCAAGGGAAACUACAAUGGCUCCUGUGGGAACUUCAUUCAUGUUCCAGUCACUGCUGCUGCUGCUGAGUCUGGUGGCCAUAGGGAAGGCAGGAAUAGCAAUCCCACAAAAUCCAGGAUGCUCAAAUACUGAGGACAAGAACUUCCCUCAGACUGUGAAGGUCAACCUAAACAUCCUUAACCGGAAUACGAAUCUCAGAAGGCCUUCGGAUUAUUACAAUCGAUCCACCUCACCUUGGAAUCUCCACCGCAAUGAGGACCCUGAGAGAUAUCCCUCUGUGAUCUGGGAGGCGAAGUGCCGCCACUUGUUCUGCGUUAAUGGUGAAGGGAAGGUAGACCACCACCUGAACUCCGUUCCCAUUCAGCAAGAGAUCCUGGUCCUGCGAAGACAGCCUCGGCACUGCCCCAACUCCUUCCAGAUGGAAAAGAUGCUAGUGAAUGUCGGCUGCACCUGUGUCACCCCCAUUGUCCGCCAUGUGGCUUAAGAAUUUCCAGCCUGACCCCAGAUUCCCAAAUCAGUAGGCUUUCUGGGGAGUAGACCCAGUCUCAUUUCUAACCAAACUCACUAGGAUUUUUAAACAAGUUCAUUUAAUUCAAAUUUCAAAGAUAAUUCAAGAUACAGAGGUAUUUCAUUCAGAGAUUGAAUCUGAAUCUUCUUUUCCUCUCCCCAAGGAAGAAGGUUUAAACUGAGUACCAAUUUGCUUCUUGUUUGCUUUUCUAAGAGCUUUAAGUUAUUUAUGUAUUUAAAA